CGCAAAUAAACAGACCUGUAGAACUCCUCCAGGGAAACAUUUCAGCAUAUCUCACUCACUGUCUGUCUGACACCGACAGACACACCUCCAGUGCGCCGGUGAUUAGAGAUCACUCUGUGUGUGUGUGUGUGUGUGUGUGUGUGUGUGUGCGUGUGAGUGUGUGUGCGUGCGCGAACCGGCUUGAAACAUGUUUGCGAUCAUCUCUAAAGCGAAGAUGUGUUGAGAAGUGAGCUUUUGUUAGUACGAGCGAAAUAUGUUUGUUGAAGGGUCACGCCGUGUGUGCGUGAGAAAGAGAGAUAGUGAAUGCGCGAGAGAGUGAAAGAGAAAGAAAGGAGAAAGAGAUGGGGGAGUGUGAGGAAGGGAGGGCAGAGAGACGGAAAGAAAGAAAGAGAAUGGAAGAAAUAGGUUUGUGUGUGUAUGUGUGUGUGAGAGGCAGGCACAGUCAGUUCUGAUAACAGCAACAGUAGGAGGAGGAUGAGCUUGGCUCCGCCCCCUUUGCCUCUCGCAGCUAUAAAUAGGAGCUGGUGUUUUUUGCUCAUCUCACUUCUCUUGAAGGAUGAGGUCCCUGAAACAUCUCAAACAUCACACCAGGAGUAAUGUGGAAGAGCAGGAAGUUCCUCUGGUUCGCUGCUAUUCUAAAGUGAUGGAGCAUGCAGUGGACGUCAGCACUCAGACUGACCCGGUGGUGGUCCUGUCCCUGGCCCAGGCUGCUGUGCUGGGACUCAUAUCACAGAACGAAAUCUUCGGAGCCACAAUUGCCCCAAACGGUUUCUACACGGGAGAGGGACGUGAAGGCCCCGCUCCUCCUGCAGAAUCCAUGGAGUAUGAAUAUGCAGAUCAGCUAAUUGGAGCCAAUGGAGACUAUCUAUCCGAGCCUCACGGGGAGAACAGGAGGCCAGAAGGGCUCUACGGGGCGGAACGCAGGCGUCCAGGACCCCGUGGGAGGACCAAGAGGCCCUUGAAUGAAGGAGCACCACAGGAAUCCACGGAGAGGUCUCUGGACACACCGAAUCAGGUGAAAGGAGAGAGGCCUGAGUUCUCUAGCCCAUGUUAUCUCUCGAAUCCCCAGCAACCUGACAAUGAGCCAGAAGUGUUGGACCUAGCACCUCAAAGAGUGCCAAUGAAAGAAGAGCAGUGUAACAAAGGCUACCCUGAGCCCUCGAGGGAGCCAGCCAUCCAACAGGUUGACUCUGACACUCAGACACAAGCCCACCAAAGCCCUGUGGGGCAUGGAAAAGCGUUGGUGGAGUCCUCUGAGGGAGGACGGGGAAAGGAGGAGGAACAGGAAGAAGAGGAGGAGGAAGUGGAGGAGAGAGCACUGAACCUGAAAACCACAGAGGAGGAUGUGAGCCCAGUAAUGAGGCGUUACUAUGAAUCCAGUGUGACAGCAUAUGAGGCUGCUGAGAUGGGCCUGCCAGGAGACUAUGAGGAGGGCGGCCAGGCCAUGAUGUGGACAGAGGGUGAGAACUCCUUGGGUAGACGGAUGCAGAUCGACCGGCUAGAUAUUAACGUGCAAAUCGACGAAUCCUACUGUGUGGAUGUGGGAGAAGGCCUGAAACGUUGGAAGUGCCGCAUGUGCGAGAAGUCCUACACUUCGAAGUACAACUUGGUUACGCACAUCCUUGGUCACAAUGGCAUCAAACCACAUGAGUGUCUGCAUUGUGGAAAGCUCUUCAAGCAGCCCAGUCAUCUUCAGACGCAUCUGCUAACGCACCAGGGGACGCGGCCACACAAGUGCACCGUCUGCAAGAAGGCCUUUACCCAGACUAGUCACCUUAAACGGCACAUGUUGCAGCAUAGCGACGUCAAGCCUUACAGCUGCCGCUUCUGCGGCCGAGGAUUUGCCUACCCUAGUGAGCUACGUACUCAUGAGACCAAACACGAGAGCGGCCACUGUCAUGUUUGCACGCAGUGCGGCAUGGAGUUCCCCACUCACGCCCACCUCAAGCGCCACCAGGUCAGCCACCAGGGCCCGACGACCUUUCAGUGCACCGAAUGUCACAAGUCCUUCGCCUACCGUAGCCAGCUCCAGAACCAUCUGAUGAAGCACCAGAACGUACGGCCCUAUGUCUGCUCGGAGUGCGGCAUGGAGUUCGUGCAGAUCCACCACCUGAAGCAGCACAUGCUUACACACAAGGUACUGACACAGCAGGCCAUCGAACACAAGGGUAUGAAGGAAUACAAAUGCGACGUGUGUUCUCGCGAGUUCACUCUCUCUGCCAACCUGAAGCGACACAUGCUGAUUCACACUAGUGUGCGCCCUUUCCAGUGCCACGUCUGCUUCAAGACCUUUGUUCAGAAGCAGACGCUUAAAACACACAUGAUUGUCCACUUGCCUGUGAAACCUUUUAAGUGCAAGGUGUGCGGGAAGUCCUUCAACAGAAUGUACAACCUGCUGGGUCACAUGCACCUUCAUGCUGGUAGCAAACCCUUCAAGUGUCCUUACUGCACCAGCAAGUUCAAUUUGAAGGGCAACUUGAGUCGACACAUGAAGGUGAAACAUGGAAUCCUGGACACCUCAACUGAGGGACAAGAUGUCCUGCCUGAUGCAGAGGUUCAGGAAGAUUACGAGGAAGAGAGCUUUGAUUACAGUGAGAGGGAGAAUCUAGCCAGCAACAACGCACAAGAUUUGGCGAAACUUGCCAAAAUUAGCUACUACAACUACACUAAGGUUGCUUCUCGCUACAACACAACUUAAAAAGCUGACUGAGACACUAAAAUGUGGUUUACAGGGGGGGAAGAAAAAGACUGUAAUGGUCAUUUCUGUAGUACUCUUGGCUCUGACAAGAGCUAGUGAGGAAAUAGCCAUCAGGAAGUGGAUGUGCACUGGAAGCCAUUUUGGCUCUGUGAAACAGAAGUGAUAGCAGACUGAAGCUUCAUUUUAACAAUGUCAUUUCACAUUAGGGACCAUCCUGAAGCAUAAAGGACUGUGUGUGUAGGUGCUAUUUUUUUUUUUUUUUUUUUUUAAACAAAUGUUCCGCUUUUGCCCAUCACAGUGCAGUUCUUAAGAAGGAUAUCAUUUAUAAGUCACAUUCAAUGGUGCAGUGAAACAAUAUGCACAGAUGUAAGAAGGCACUUAAUCUUCACAGACAAUCCACAGCUCUUUAAAACACAGACGUGACUGCCACAAGGCAUGGGAUAGUUCACCCAAAAAGUGAAUAUUUUGUCAUCAUUUACUCACCUUUAUGUUGAUAACCAAACUGUUGCUGGUAACCCAUGAAAGUCAAUGGAUACCAGCAACUGUUUGGUUACCAAGAUUCUUCAAAAUAUUUUUUUGUUCAACAGAAUAAAGACAUUUCAUACAGGAACAACAUAAGGGUGAGUAAAUGUUGACAAAAUGUUCGUUUUCAGGUGAACUAUCCCUUCAAUCUUGUUGGUGGUUUUACUGUCCAUCAUACCAGUUUAUAGGACUUAACCAAAGCUGACAAAGUGCAAAUAGUUCUCAUUACGUUAACUUUCCUAGCAUUUAGUUUUUAAGCAUACUGCGACUUUUCAUUAUGAUUCCUUUUUCAGUAGUGUGUGGUUUUCAAGGAGCAUAUGCAGUUUGUAGCUCACAGUGGAUUGAGUUUGUGGGACGGUUUUUCCAGUGCCUGAUUUUUUUUUUUUUUUUUUUCUUCUUUGGAAAUAAUGAUGGGCCAAACCAUGGCAUUUGUUCACUGUAUAGCCUUCUGGAUAUCUUUUUGUUUUUACAUUAUUGCAAAUAGUAUUUAUUGUUCAAUGUUCUUGGCAUUCAUAAGUGUAAAUACAUUGCCAGUGUUCCAGAUGGACGGAUUUUAUUUCAAGUUAAAAAUAUACAAGCUAAGCCAUGGGUUUAGUUCAAUUUGAAUAUAAUUGCAUUAUUUACCCAAGUGCAUUGUUUGGUCCAUCUUCUCUAAAAUACAAGAAUCUUCUGUCUAAAUUCAAUAUUUUUUUUCCAUCUUUAGUUUGAUGAAUGUAAUAAUACAAACUAAGAUUUGUCCCUUUAAAGCGUUCAAUAUUUCACAAAGCCAUGCGUCAGCCAAAAAACUGUUAAAUAUUUAAUCUUCGUAAAUCUCUGAAAUGUCUUAUUAGUUUGCAGUCUGUUCUUCUAUGUACUACGUACUAGCUAACUAUGUGGGCUAAAUUCAUUUCUUUUUAAAAAUGUGAUAACCUUCUAGCAUUUUCUUUUGUUUGUUUUGGUGUGGCUUAAAUGACCUUAUUCUAAACCUCAUCCAAUUUAAUCUCCUUGGACAUAAAACCUUGUAACGUGCACUGCAUCUUUCACAAAGUCACCAAUACUGGUUGAAUUUUGACGAGGAUGCCCUAAAAACACUGGACAAAAAUAUUAACUGCCCUUGUGUGUGCAAGAGAGUGUCUCAUCCAUCAUUCCCGCGCAGAGCUCAGGAGUGAUGAACGACAGUCUGUCGACAUGUGACAGGGCUUGAGACCCAGCAGAGAAUGAUUGGGGAAAUUCACCAUCCAGCUAGGCAACUCAAAAUGUUAAUGUGUAACACAAGAUUUGGUGCAUUUGUUUUAAAUUGUUGUGUCCUUGCAUUUUGGGCUGUUCACUCUAAGCUAGACAGGAGUUUUAGUUUUGUAUAAGCUUUCAAUUCUUUUGUUGCACACUGAUGUGAAUAUGAUGUUGAUAAAUGUUAAACGUUGUGCUAUGGACAUUAUAAAUUAAUACAUUUAUUUACCUUUAAA